GAUGCAGACCACGCCCUUCCUGUGCUCGCCGAUAGAGGGCGCUGUGGCGACCAAAGCAGGCCGACCGUCAGCUGCUUUACCUCACUGCCCUUCCAGCAGCAUCUCACCUUCAGCCGGCCUGACGCACAUCCACCGCCGCACCCGAAAAGGACAAGAAAAACACACAACAGAGACAGACAGCGUCAAAGAAACCAAGAAGGGAAACCGAGCAACAGCAGAGUCCGUUGUUUUAAUGAUGUAGGGGAUCGUUUUGCGAUUUGACAUCUAAUUUAGCCUGCCCGCCUCACUGCGACAAGGAAACACCGUCCAGCUGCGCAUAAAUAAAUCGCAUCCUCUCUCAGCUUGUGAGGAUAACACCGUCCAACCUCUCCACCGCCCUCACAGUCCUCUCGACGAAGAAGGACGAAGUCACCGCGCAUCCCUCGACGUUAUUUUGACGGCCAGAUCAGGCCCCGAUCAGCGACUGGUCCCUCCAGCCUCAGCAGCAUCCCUCCUCUCCUCAGCAGAAAGCAGCAUCCUUCCUCCUCCCUCAAUCUGCGCAAUGGCCGAUGUCCCAGCGGAGUGCAACAUAAAAGUGCUGUGUCGCUUUCGUCCUCUCAACCAGUCGGAGAUUGUACGCGGGGACGAGUUUCUCCCCAAAUUCGUGUCAGACGACACUGUCGUCGUCGGGGGGAAGUCCUUCAUGUUUGAUCGUGUGUUUCCGACCAACACCACCCAGGAGCAGGUGUACAACACCUGUGCCAAGCAGAUUGUCAAGGAUGUUCUGUGUGGAUACAAUGGCACUAUCUUCGCAUAUGGACAAACCUCCUCAGGGAAGACUCACACCAUGGAGGGCAAGCUGCACGACCCUCACCAGAUGGGUAUCAUCCCUCGCAUUGCUGAGGACAUUUUCAACCAUAUCUUUGCCAUGGAUGAAAACCUGGAAUUCCAUAUCAAGGUUUCAUACUUUGAAAUCUACAUGGACAAAAUCCGUGACCUUCUGGAUGUGACAAAGACCAACCUGUCCGUCCAUGAGGAUAAGAAUAGGGUGCCAUUUGUCAAGGGAUGCACUGAGCGUUUUGUCUCCAGCCCUGAUGAGGUGAUGGAUGUGAUCGAUGAGGGCAAAGCUGCCCGCCAUGUUGCUGUUACCAACAUGAACGAGCACAGUUCUCGCAGCCACAGCAUCUUCCUGAUCAACAUCAAGCAGGAGCAUGUAGAGACCGAGCAGAAACUGUGUGGGAAACUGUACCUGGUGGAUCUGGCUGGCAGUGAGAAGGUCAGUAAGACUGGAGCUGCAGGAGCCGUCCUGGAUGAGGCUAAAAACAUCAACAAGUCUCUUUCUGCUCUAGGAAAUGUCAUCUCUGCAUUGGCUGAGGGCACGAAAUCUCACGUGCCGUACCGUGACAGCAAAAUGACCCGCAUCCUGCAGGACUCCCUCGGUGGGAACUGUCGCACCACCAUGUUCAUCUGCUGCUCUCCCUCCAGCUUCAACGAUGCAGAGACCAAGUCGACUCUGAUGUUUGGACAACGUGCCAAGACCAUCAGGAACACCGCCUCCAUCAACCUGGAGCUGACGGCUGAGCAGUGGAAGAGGAAGUACGAGAAGGAGAAGGAGAAGAACAAGACUCUGAAGGAAACCGUCCAGAAGCUGGAGACCGAGCUCAACCGCUGGAGAAAUGGAGAGGACGUGCCUGAGACCGAGCAGACCACAGCGGAAAUUGUGACCCGUUAUGAGUCUGUGGAAGAGCGUCCCAUUUUGGACAACGACACCUCCUCCAUUGUGGUCCGCAUUUCCGAGGAGGAGCGACAGAAGUAUGAGGAGGAGAUCCGUAAGCUCUACAAGCAGCUGGAUGACAAGGAUGAUGAGAUUAACCUGCAGUGUCAGCUGGUGGAGAAACUGAAGCAGCAGAUGCUGGACCAGGACGAGCUCCUGGCCUCAUCCAAGGGCGAUGGAGACAAGGUUCAGGCUGAACUCGGCAGGCUUCAGGUGGAGAGCGACUGUGCCAAAGCUGAAGUGAAGGAGGUGCUGCAGGCUCUGGAGGAGCUGGCCAUCAAUUACGACCAGAAGAGCCAGGAGGUGGAGGAGAAAGGCCUGCAGAACCAACUGCUGGCCGACCAACUGUCCCAGAAAAUGGCCAGCCUGAUGGAGCUGGAGGCAGAGCUGUCUCGUAUGCAGGAAGUGAGCGGGCAGCAGAGGAAACGCAUCGCUGACGUCCUCAAUGGUCUGAUGAGGGACCUCAGCGAAUUCAGCACCAUUGUGGGCAAUGGGGAGAUCAAGUUGCCGGUGGAGAUAAGUGGUGCGAUCGAGGAGGAGUUCACGGUGGCUCGCCUCUACAUCAGCAAGAUCAAGUCUGAGGUGAAGAGUAUGGUGAAGCGCUGCCGCCAGCUGGAGAACAUGCAGCUGGAGUGCCACCGCAAGAUGGAAGAGACUGGAAGGGAGCUCUCCUCCUGCCAGCUCCUCAUCUCUCAGCAUGAAGCUAAGAUUCGCUCUCUGACGGAGUACAUGCAGAGCGUGGAGCAGAAGAAGAGGCUGCUGGAGGAGAGCCACGACUCCCUGAGCGAGGAGCUAGCCAAGCUGCAAGACCAGGAUAACUCCCUGCUUGAGGAGAAGGAUGGAGAGAAGGGUGAGACUGAGGAUGGAAAUGUGAAGAAGGUUCCUCGUCAGCAGGGAGAGUCUCACCGCGGCCUCCAUCACAAGCAGCUGGCUCGCCUGCGGGAUGAGAUCAAUGAGAAGCAGAGGAUCAUUGAUGAACUCACUGAUCGUAACUCCAAGCUGGAGCUGGAGCUUGCUCAGGUUCGUGCUGAUUUUGAGCGCCUGAAGAGUCAGGACACCACCAAGAGCGAGCGCCUGGAGGAGCUCUCAUUCCUGCACGAGCGCCAUGAGCAGACCAAACAGGACUUGAAGGGUCUGGAGGAGACCGUCGCCCGCGAACUCCAGACCCUCCACAACCUGCGCAAGCUGUUCGUUCAAGACCUCACGUCGCGGGUUAAAAAAAGUUCCGAAAUGGAGCCUGAUGAUAGCGGGGGGUCUUGCACCCAGAAGCAGAAGAUUUCCUUUCUUGAGAAUAACCUGGACCAACUUACAAAGGUUCACAAACAGCUGGUUCGUGACAAUGCAGAUCUGCGUUGUGAGCUUCCAAAGUUGGAGAAACGGCUUCGGUCUACUGCUGAGAGAGUUAAGGCCCUGGAGACUGCACUGAGAGAUGCCAAGGAGGGCGCAAUGAUGGAUCGCCGCCGCUACCAGCAGGAGGUUGACCGCAUCAAGGACGCCAUGAGGGCAAAGAAUGCCUUGAGGCGCCCCCAUGCAGCACAGAUCGCCAAGCCAGUGAGACCGAAGCAACUGACCGUCUGCUCUCCCACCAACCCGUUCUACACUUAUAUCCGUGCCACUGAACACGCCAACACCUUCAGCAACGCCCUCUUUCAGGGCAAUGUGAAACAGCCAAGCGCUGCCAGCGUCAACUGCAACCCCAACUCUGUCCAGAGCAACACAGUUUCCACAGCGCUGGGCUACAGAGCAGGCAGAUAUAAUGGAGACAUACUGGAGUCCUUCCCACUCAACAUUGACAAUGGUAACAGCAUCAGUGAAACGAGAGACAUCAAUGACAACAGAAGUGAUGUUCACUGCGGCAGCGAGGUGGAUGAUUCAAACAGGCACUAUAUCAUUCAGCAGGAGACCGCUGCAAGUUAAUGCCAUGAAGAUGACCAAACACUGUACCUGUUCAAGGACCCUCCCCUCCCAUCUGCAUGCAGCCUGUCUCCCCGUCCCUCCACUGCAUCACUGAUGAAGCUGAUGAUGAAGAUCUGUAGCCCUGUAGUCUUCAAACUAGAUGAAGCCCCUCCUGCUCCUUUGGUGACCACCCUCACCCCCAGGUUUGGGGUCCAGUCCCUUUCAGUUCAGUUAGUGCAGCAAGUAAAUUCAAUCAGAAUUCGUUUUUUAUUUGAUACAGAACUUCAGCUUAAUCAACUCAUCGAUCUCUCGGCCAAUCAAUUUGUCACCAGAUAUCACUGAUACUGAUUACCUUCUGCUGAUUACCUCCUGAGGUGGUUGAACUGAAAUGAGGCUGACUCCAUCCCUGACAUCUUAGUACACACAUGUUGUAAAUAAUAGUGCUGUAUACUCCAGUAGUUUUUGACCAGCAACUGUUUGUGUGAAUGCACAGCCUCCACCGUCCCCUGCACACAUCUUCUUAAGGGCAUCAUGUGGAUGACAUACUGUAGGCAGACAUGACCUUUUUCUCUGUCGUAAAUAAGAGUAUAGUGUGUAACGCCAGCUUGUAACAGAAGACCCACACUCCUGCAUGCAUGUCGCUUAGCGGGUUAGCUUUCAAAUCUUUGCAUGUAUCCUGAUUCCAGUCAGGAGUUGGUAUGCUGCGAGGGAACCAUCUGAUCGACUUCGACAGAUGUCACAGAGAGCGAGAGAGAGAUGGUUAAUCCUGAUCAUGGUAUCAGUGUUCUAAAUUUUCUAUUUUAAAGUAAAACUGGGCUUUUGUGUUAACGUGGCAUAGACAUGCUACACAUCUGGGUCUAGUUUUAAUUUAAUAUAAGAGGACAUAAGGUGCAACAUGCGUCAGGGAAACCCAGCCCAGACUCAUGGUCAGUGUUGAGGAAACCUUUUGUAACUGCUUUGAUACUGUGAUGUUGCAACUGUAUGACGCCUUUGUACAUUUCAGGUAAUGCUGCCCACACCCAUCUAAUGUGGCUUCCUCCCCGCAUUGCGCCCACACUUUAUAAGUCUUCAUACCAAGCCUUAACAAGAGCUGACUCCUCAUGAUCGAACUAACACGCUGUCAUGUGCAUACAUUUGUAAUUACUACCUCUAGAGCUACUCAUUAUAGAGUUAUUACAAUAUACCAACAUACUUUCAAACGCUAAAUAAGAGCCGAUCUUAGAGUUUCUAGAGAAAGUUGCAACUUUAGUACAGUAAGUAGAUUUAAAUGCUCAUAUCAGAGCAGUAGUUCUGCUGCCGUUCGUUCAUACACAGAUUCCUCCUCCAUCACAUAACAGGAUCAGAGCUGGGCUGGACCAGAAAGUUUGGGUUCACCACAUCAGGGCAGGUCAGACAGUGUCAAAGUAUACUAUACUGAUAUUUAAAUAUUUUCUUAAUCUUUCUGGUGCUUAACCAAUUUUCCUGUUUGGUACCUAGUAAGGUUGAAAUUAUUUUUACUCCUAUUGUAAAGUUACACUAUUGGAAUCAGAACAGAAGUGAAGCAACAUCUUAAACCCCUUUAAGACUGUAUGAGAGAUAUUCAGUGAUUCAGUGUCCGAUGAUUAGAGAGUUUCUGCAAACAAGUCCCAGCUGAGCAGCCACCAGUCUGGGAUAGACGGACCGUUUUGACAGAAGCUUGUUGUCAAGUCGUGCUGCUAUUUUUCUGAGAUAAAUCCUGACCAGCCAAUCAGGACAGAAGAAAGCAGCAUGUUUCUAGUGGGUGACAGAGGUAUGGAUGUAUUUGGACUGAGCUGAGUCACUGAAUUUAAGGACAGAAGUGUGUUGCUCUUAAAGGGAACAUGUACGACAACCAAACAGCCAUUGAAUAACAGAAUCUUUUAUAUUGAAGAAUAAUUGUCUGUGUAAAGUUCAGUGUAUUACAUCGCAUGACUAGACUUGUUCUACGUGUAAAUUUGCCCAAAUAGGACCCAAGUAUGAAAAGUGGAGGUCGUCUAAUCCCGAACAGCCUCAUCUAUGACAGCACCACUCUGUCUCAUGCUCUUACUGGCAUUAACAGCAUCUCAGGGCUUCACAUUCAUAACUACAGCCACCGUAAGCCAUCACCAUUGUCUUCCUCAUAGACUUACAACCAUGCGAGUGCUGACGAACAAUCAGGUCAGUGUGUGUUCUAUGAGGCUCAGCAGAGGAACGGGAUGAUAAAUCUGCAGAAGUAACAUUUUAUACAUAGUGUAUAAACAUCUCCAUUCUAGUACAUGACAUCCAAAAUAAAAAAAAUCCUUCUGGUCAGACCCUACUGUACGUGUCCAAGCAGACCCUCUAUUUGACAUCAUGUUUUAAGUAUAAUAAAUGAAUCCGAAGGAGGGGGGAAUGUGUACUAUAUUGUCACCUGCUGUUCCACUGUCUGAUUUCAACAUAUCUAAAAUACACGUGCUAUAUAUUGUUAAUCUUGUAAGUACAAUAGCGUGCCAUGACAUAGUAACAUGCAAAAGAAAGGUACACGCUAACUUUGUUCAGAGAAAUGUUUGUUUUAUUUAUUUCUGUAUGCCUAUACUGUAGCGUCGACAUGAUUAUGUGAAGAAUCACAGUUCUGUAUAUAUAGACUCAUCACUAUGCUGUAUUGUAUGUGAACCAUUGUGUUGUAGUACAAAGUUCAAUAAACUUGUAGAAAGGAGCUUGUUGUGUGG